AUGAGCAGCUUAGAAGUCAUUACAUUCCCUGUGGUCGUUGCCAGUUCCAGGCAGAGAUUCAACUUGGGAAAGAAUAAAUCCCGCACAGGAGAAUUCACUUUUCGAGGCAAACUAGAAUUGGCCAGGAGCAAGGUAGAUAAUAGUUGUCCAGAUGCACAGACUCAUCAUUAUUUCAAGGUCUCUAAGAUUCAGGAUGCCCAGCGGAGGAUAGGGCAGCUUGAACAAGAAAAUAAGUCUCUAUGUGUACGUCUAGCUAAUAUAUAUCGUGGUUCAGGUAUGGUCGAUUGCUGGAAUGAGUACCAACAAAAGAGUGCAUUCCGACAGAAGCAGAAUAUAGAACUUGUAAGGCUUACUCUGGAGAACCAGGCAAUUCUUAAAAGACUCCGUGACAGAAAGGCAACUUAUGACAGGAAGCAGUAUGAAAAGGAUUGGCAGGCAAGUGCAUUCUUCCCCAUGGUUUCAAAGGGUCAGCUUUCUGUGUUUCACCAGUAG